AAAUCUACUCGGAGAAGCAAAGUCUCUCUCUACUAGUCUACUUUGAUAAGUAACUAAUCUGGAAAGUAAGAGAUCAUGGCAGAGAGUGCCGUGAGUUUUCUUCUCCAAAGGCUUGCGCCUGUAUUUGAGAAAAAGGUGAAAUUGUUCACAGGGGUUCGAGCAGAAGUGGUGGAUCUGAAAGGACAGCUAGAGCUCAUAACAGCCUUCUUAAGGGUCGCAGAUGCAUUAGAAGAGAGCGAUGAGGAACUCAAAGUUUGGGUUAAGCAAGUCAGAGAUGUUGCCCAUGAGACAGAAGAUCUUCUUGACGAAUUAGAACUUGUCCAGGCACCUAAUCAAACAAAUGGAUUCUCUAUUUCUCUCAGGAUCAGGAAUAUGAAAGCUCGUUAUCGGAUUGCUUAUGAGUUAAAAGGCAUCAACUCUCGCAUGGGAACUAUUUUUUCAAUUCAUAAAAGAUUCCUCAGUAAACUUGACACUGCUUCAGAGGCUUCAAAUUCCAUUUCUACAGGUAACACAUGGCAUGAUCAACAAGGAGAUGCCCUUCUCCUGGACAACACUGACGUAGUGGGAAUAGACAGGCCUAAAAAGCAGUUGAUCGGGUGGUUGAUUAAAGGUUGUCCUGGACGCAAAGUAAUUUCUGUUACUGGAAUGGGAGGGAUGGGGAAAACUACUUUGGUGAAGAAAGUAUAUGAUGAUCCAGAAGUAAAGAAACACUUCAAAGCCUGUGUUUGGGUUACUGUUUCUCAAUCUUGUAAAAUUGAGGAGCUUCUCAGAGACUUGGCCCAGAAACUUUUUUCUGAAAUAAGACGACAAGUUCCAGAAGGCUUGGAAAGCAUGCGUAGUGACGAGAUGAAGAUGAUUAUUAAAGACCUACUGCAGAGGAGGAGGUACCUAGUGGUAUUUGAUGAUGUGUGGCAUAUGUAUGAAUGGGAAGCUGUCAAAUAUGCAUUGCCUAACAACAAUUGUAGCAGUAGGAUCAUGAUCACCACACGUAAAUCUGAUUUAGCCGUUACUUGCAGCAUAGAAUCCAAAGGCAAGGUGUAUAAUGUGCAACCCUUGAAAGAAGAUGAGGCUUGGGAUCUAUUUUCUAGAAUGACUUUCCAGGGUCACUCAUGCCCCUCAUAUUUGAUUGACAUCUGUAAAUAUAUCUUAAGAAAAUGCGAGGGUCUGCCCCUUGCAAUUGUGGCAAUCAGUGGUGUCCUGGCUACGAAAGACAAGCGCAGGAUAGAUGAGUGGGAUAUGAUUUGCCGUAGUCUUGGAGCUGAAAUUCAAGGCAAUGGCAAACUUGAUAAUUUGAAAACAGUACUUGGCCUCAGUUUUAAUAAUUUGCCUUACUAUUUAAAGUACUGUUUUUUGUACUUGAGCAUCUUUCCUGAGGACCAUUUGAUUAAGCGCAUGAGAUUGAUUCGCUUAUGGAUAGCAGAAGGAUUUAUUGAAGCCAAAGAAGGAAAAACAAUGGAAGAUGUUGCAGAGGAUUACCUCAAGGAGCUCCUGAACAGAAACUUAAUUAUAGUAGCAGGGACAACAUCUGAUGGAAGGGUCAAAACUUUGCGAAUCCAUGAUCUUCUACGGGAGAUCAUCAUUUUGAAGUCUAAGGAUCAAAACUUUGCAGCCAUUGUCAAAGAACAAAAUGUGGCAUGGCCUGAAAAGAUUCGGCGCCUUUCAUUGCAUAGCGCAUUACCAAACGGACAGCAACAGAGGUCUGUUUCUCAACUCCGUUCUCUCUUAAUAUUUGGGGUUGUUGAAAAUUUAUGCCUAGGCAAACUGUUUCCAGGCGGUUUCAAACUGCUUACUGUUUUAGAUUUUCAAGAUGCACCUUUAAAGAAGUUUCCAGUAGCAGUUGUUGACCUAUAUUAUUUAAGUUAUCUAAGCUUAAGGAAUACAAAGGUGACUAUGGUUCCAAGUCGUAUAUUAGGGAAGUUGCAGAACCUAGAAACAUUGGAUCUUAAGAAGACUGCCGUCAGAGAAUUGCCUGCAGAUAUACUAAAGCUUAAAAAACUUCGCCAUCUCCUUGUAUAUCAGUUCAAAGUCAAAGGUUAUGCACAGUUCCACUCCAAAUAUGGUUUUAAGGCUCCCCCUGAAAUAGGAAAUUUACAGUCACUACAAAAGCUUUGUUUUGUGGAGGCAAACCAAGACUGUGGCAUGAUAAUAAGGCAGUUAGGGGAGCUAAGUCAACUAAGAAGGUUAGGCAUCAUGAAACUCAGAGAGGAAGAUGGGAAGGCUUUCUGUUCGUCCAUUGAAAGAUUGACUAAUCUCCGUGCCCUCUCUGUUACUUCUGAGAGCGAGAAUAAAGUCAUUGAUCUGGGAUUCAUUUCUUCACCCCCUCCAUUUCUUCAACGCUUGUAUAUGUCAGGACGUCUACAAGAGUUACCAAGUUGGAUACAGUCUCUUCAUAGCCUGAGCAGGUUAUUUCUGAAAUGGAGCUGUUUAAAACAUGAUCCACUAGUAUCUCUGCAGGAUUUGCCAAACCUUGCACAUCUUGAGCUACUUCAAGCUUAUGAUGGUGACACAUUGCAUUUUAGGUGUGGAAAGUUCAAGAAGCUCAAGGUUUUAGGUCUUGACAAAUUUGAUGGACUCAAACAGGUGACAGUGGGGAAGGGUGCAAUGCCUUGCCUAGAAAAGAUGAUCAUCCAGCGUUGUGAAUUGUUGGAGAAGGUACCAUCAGGCAUUGAACACUUGACUAAGCUGAAAGUCCUUGAGUUUUUUGAUAUGCCUGAUGAACUGAUGAAGACAAUAUGUCCACAUGGUCCAGGAGAAGAUUACUGGAAAGUUUCACACAUACCAGAGGUUUAUUCUACCUAUUGGAGAGAUGAUGGUUGGGAUGUUUAUGCACUAGACAGUUUCAAAGCUUGUUCUCCCCGAUCUGGCACUGUCAUGAGAUGUCAUGAACGCCUCACUCUGUGGAAGGUGUAGCUAUAAAUUGUGCAAUAACAAAAGGUGAAUAAUAAUUUGUAGAAAUUACCUAAAUUGUAUGUUAAAAUAUUGAGCAGACUCGUUCCCUGUAUAGGAGUCAGCACUCUAAAUAAAGGUGUAGGUUUUUAUUCACCUUUGUUUAUAUUCGAUUAAUGUAAAUAGAUGAAUCAACUAAUGAUCAUCGUUUAACUCACUGUAUAUAAAUCUUCCUAUAUUUCAUAUACAAAUCCCAUUCUU